CGAACAGAUUCCCCAGAGGAGAGCGAACAAACAUGGCGUCCACCACGAAAUACCAGCCCGCCGCCCAGCAGGAGCCCGACGACGACUACACCCACGCACCGCCCGCGUACGGCAGCACCGCAGCCGAGGCGUCGUCGUCGGCGCACGAUCCUGGCUUGUUUGCCCAGCCGCGCAGCAGCGAUGACAACAUCCCCGACGAUUUCAAGUUUGGAGGCUCUGUCGCUGAAGCCACCGUCGAUAUUCGCAACCAAUUUGUCCGCAAGGUCUACAGCAUCCUCACCGUCCAACUCAUCGCUACUGCGGCCCUCGGCUCCGUCAGCUUCUUCAGCGAUGCAUACAAGAACUGGAUCCAAAGCCACCCGGGCCUUGUCUGGGCAUCGCUCUUCGGCGCCAUGAUCUUCAUGGGUCUCACCUACUGGAAGCGCAAAUCCUACCCAACCAACCUCCUCUUCCUCUCCCUCUUCACCCUCACCGAAGCCUACUCCAUCUCCGUCAUCGUCUCCUUCUACAACACCCGCAUCGUCCUCAGCGCGACAAUCAUCACCGCCGGCAUCUUCGUCUUCCUCACGGCCUUUGCCAGCCAGUCCAAGUACGACUUCACCUCAUGGAUGCCCUACCUCUUCGGCGCCCUCUGGGGGCUCGUCAUCUUUGGCUUCAUGGCAAUGUUCUUCCCCUACAGCUCCACCGGCGAGCUCAUCUACGGCGGGCUCGCGGCCCUCAUCUUUAGCGGCUACAUCCUCGUCGACACGCAGAUGAUUAUGCGCCACCACCAUGUCGAGGAGGAGAUUGCCGCCGCCAUCAGCCUGUAUCUCGACAUCAUCAACCUGUUCCUCGCUAUUCUGCGUAUUCUCAACAGCCAGUCUAACAACUAAACCUGGUGAAUGGCCGGUUGUUUAUAACUCUGCUCGUACUUGAUGCAGAGCUUCAAGAUUGUGACUUAGGCCCAAACGGGCUGUCGAGUGUUUGAUUGUGAUUUUUGUCUUUUUCUCGCAAAUGUACUAGGAUAAUGGGUUAAAGUGAGACAGGAGUGCAUCGGAUAAUUAUUGCUUCUUUUUUUUUCUUCCUUUUUUUCCCGUUUCUUUUUUGUUCAUCUCUUCUCUUUUGUUUUCGAUGGUUGCCUUCAGUUUUUCUCUUCUUGUAGCGCAACAGAUUCUCAGUGUAUUGAAUGGAAUAAAUAGCUCCUUUCAACUCUAAACAUUCGGUUUGACCAAGUUUACUACAAGACAAGCUUGGUCAACGUGAAGAAGGUUUUGAAUGUAUUUGAUAUCUGCAUUAGAAGUCCACUACAGUAGCUAGAAAUAAAUAAAAAAGGCAGUUAAAAAAACAGGGGUACCAUUUAACAAGAUGGCUACUGAUGCAGCUUUAAAAAAAAAUUAGGAUACCUUGCGAGGGUGUACAGAAAGAGGCUGGGCAGCAAUAUGAAAACUCCCAAAAGAUGCCAAAGCACACAUAUAGCUCUGCUCCGCAUAGUAUUAUGCUGAGUAGCCGCAUAUCUCCGCCUUUGCCAUUUUGAGAGACCCUCCUUCGUCGGGGUAUACGUCGUCUUGUUCCAACGGCAUUCAUCCUCUCCGUAUACUCCACCGUGCAACUCCCCUUCCCUCAGCCCCUCUUCUCCAGCUCAACCGCAAAGGUCACUUCUCGAGUUGUCGUAGGUCGCAAUAAAUAAAUAGAUGGAAAAAAGUAAAAAUCAAACUCGAUUCUGCAGCAGCUGGGAGAGGGGUGCUCUCAUCUCUUUGCUCUUCAGUUUGUGUAGGAGAGGUAAAACCCAACGCCGGCAGCGAUAAAUAGACCAACGUCGCAAUUUACUUUUAUAAUGCCGAAGAAAGACCUAAUAUGUGAUUCGAGAGAAUCUACUCCUCGGUGACACUGGUUUCCAGCGCGGGGGACGCCUGGGCGGCGGCAGUCUCGCGCUGCAUGCGGGCCUCUAUCUCGCGGAGCUGCGAUUCGCGCGCCAGCAGCUCUUGUCGCUUCUCGUUGAUCUCGCGCUGGACCUUGAGCUCAAUCUCGCGCAGCUUCUCCUCCUCUCGUCGAAGCUGCUCUUCCUUGAGACGGACAGACUGGGAAGCCAAGUCCUCAGGGUUCAUGGAGCUAUCAAGUC